CGGCCCGGAAGCGGAUGCGCGGCCCCGGAGCCGGCGGCGGCGGCGGGCAGAUGGCGGAGUGCGGGGCGCAGCCCGCCGGCGGUGGCAGCGGGGCUGCGGGCGCGCCCAGCCGGCACGAGAAGAGCCUGGGGCUGCUGACCACCAAGUUCGUGUCGCUGCUGCAGGAGGCCAAGGACGGCGUGCUCGACCUCAAGCUGGCUGCAGAUACCUUGGCUGUGCGACAGAAGCGACGGAUCUACGAUAUCACGAAUGUCCUGGAAGGCAUCGGGUUGAUUGAGAAGAAGUCCAAGAACAGUAUCCAGUGGAAGGGGGUGGGUCCUGGCUGCAACACACGUGAAAUAGCUCACAAACUGAUUGAGCUGAAGGCAGACAUUGAGGACUUGGAGCAGCGGGAGCAGGAGCUGGAGCAGCAGAAGAUGUGGGUUCAGCAGAGCAUCAAAAAUGUUACAGAAGACAUGCAGAACAGUCGAUUAGCAUAUGUGACACAUGAAGAUAUCUGCAAGUGCUUCACAGGAGACACCCUCCUUGUGAUUCGAGCACCAUCUGGCACACGUUUGGAGGUUCCUGUCCCUGAGGGCUUAAAUGGGCAGAAGAAAUACCAGAUCCACCUGAAGAGCACAAGUGGUCCUAUUGAUGUUCUCCUAGUAAACAAAGAUACUUGGAGCUCUCCUCCUGUCGUACUCCCUGUCCCUCCCCCUGAAGACCUCAUUCAGUGCCAGGCAGCUGCACCCUCAAAGCUGCAAAUCCCACCACUCACCCAGUUCCAGGAGGCCUCCGUUCCCAGCAGCACCCAGCCCUCCACACCAACACCCACCAGCACUCAGGACCAGGGGCCUCCCACACAGAAAAAUGCAGAGUGCGAUGCCCCGGCAGCAGAGUCCAAGGGCAGUGGUGACUUCGAGGCCCAGCCGGCAGCGUUGGACACGCAGCUGCUGCAGUCCUCAGCCUCGCUGGACAGCAGCUCUGUCCUGCCCAGCACCUCUACCUCCUUUGAGCCCAUCAAGCCCGACCCCACAGGAGUACUGGAACUUCCCAAAGAGCUGUCAGAGAUGUUUGAUCCAAUGAGAGAAUGUGUGAACUCUGAGCUGCUGGAAGAGCUGAUGUCAUCUGAAGUGUUUGCUCCCUUGCUCCGCCUCUCCCCUCCACCUGGAGAUCACGACUACAUCUAUAACCUGGAUGAGAGUGAAGGUGUUUGCGACCUCUUUGAUGUGCCUGUCCUCAACCUCUGACUUCUCAGUGCGGCUGUGAGCCCUGCAAACACGGACUGUUUUGUAACUCUUUGGAAAGUGUCUAUUUUUGGAUUCCUUUUGUGCUAGAGCUCGAUGGCCGAGUAAUUCAGAGAUGCUCUCAAAUGGACUCAGAACCAAGAGAUGUGGACUUGCAGGCUGGGAGCCCUCCCCAUAGUUUGCUUCUUCCUCUGGUGCACGUGCAAGACGCAUGUGGAGCUUUCCCCCUGCAUCUCUCCACUGGAUCCUGGGCCUCACUUCAAAGGGUCUGUGUUUUGAGUGUUCCCAGUUCACCUGCAGAAUUUGCCCAUGUGCCUCUCUGAGCUUCCUCCAAUCUGCAUGCCUUGGUUUUUCCUGCACUCCCAGAGGCACUUUGCACCUCCUAGGUACCAGCUGCUACAAGGAGCCCCAAUACCAUGGUCAGUUUGCAAGCCCGGAGGUAGCUAGUUAGAUUUCUUUGUGUUAGUGCUUCAGAUUGGGGUAGUUUUAUUUCUAAAAGGCAUCAA